AUGACCAGCAGUACUUCGAAACUCUUAACCUUCAUUGAUAGCCUGAGCAAUGGCAUCGCAACCUGUUAUCUUAUCCGCCAUCUUUUAGAUCUUGUCACAUUACACUGCGCGCAACCGCAGCAACCCAUCUCGACCGAUGUAGGCCUUGCCUCAGCCAGAUCGACCCCAACACUGACUACGGAAACCGGUUCUCCCGUACAGCAGCUUAGCCGGCAUCAUGGUAGCCGCGUCCGAAGUGCGAUUCCGAGCAAGCUCAUAGGCAAAACUGAUGCGAAGAAAGGCAACUUUGGUGUCAUGGUCAUUGAUUUCGAUACACAAACGGCGGCAGCUGAGCGCAGCGCUGCGGCUAAACGCACGAGUGAAAGUACUGCCUUGCGUGCAAAGAUCGCCUUUCAGCAUGGUUACGUCCCAUUAUCCCAGAGGAAACUCCAACAAGAUUGCCCUUCUCUCGCCGGGCCGCCUGCUGGUCCAACGCGCCGCCUGUUCGUGGCGGCGGGGUCACGCCGAACGAAGCAGUAUCCUUUCUCGUCGGCCGGAAACCCCGAUGAUAUUUGGGUGGAUGUCGAUGAAACUGCGGGAGCUGGCGAAGACGUCGCCGAAAAUGAGUCCGUUGUCAUGCCAUCAGACCCCCGACCACAAGUUCUUGCUCCCAGUCUGCACACAUCAACUCGAGGUGCGGCAAAUCUGCCGACACCAAGGCGCAGGGGUCGGCCCAAGGGAUCCAAAAAUCGCCCGAAGGUAUCGGCUAUCUCCAAUUCAGCGACCUUUGUGAGCCAAGAGACCACCAACCUGGCUGCUUCUGCUCCCCUUGAAGAUCAUCGCGUCGAGCAUCAAAAAUUAGUAUCAACCAUCAAAAGGCCCGGCCCUGGUCGACCUAAAGGCUCCAAGAAUAGACCAAAGCACACCGAUAGUAGCAAUGUGCAGUCAGCGACCAAGAGUAACGAGCUUGGCAGCGCGCAUCAGUCGGAGUCCUCCGUAGGUCUCGUUUUUCUACACGAUGAUCGACAGCGUCCUACAGAGUCCCUUGUGCGGGACGCUUCAUUCGUAGCAAAUGCGUUCCAACCACCGAGCCUCGCAGGCCACGACGCACCCACAAAGACCCGCCCGAAGCCUCUAAAGAGAGGGAGAACAGGAUCAUUUCAGGAUGUUGAAAACCUCGCCGAGUUCGGUGACAACCUCACUAUCGCCGAGCAAUCAAUGUGUCCCGAUGGUACUCCUGUGAUGCAAGAGCCAUCUCAUCCACUGCGCACUGGCCUUCCUCCACAAAACGCCGAUGGUCCGAAUCGAAAGAGGUACAGACAUUCCAGGGUCACCCAAGACCAGCCAGGUUCGAAAAGACAUGGCUUAGCUACGAGCCAUGAGCAAUCCCUCGAUGUCCAACUUCCUAGCAGACCUGAUCGAAACCAGUACCAUGCAUCAUACAGGCAUAUACAAAACACUUCAGGCUUGGAUAAGGACCCCGGCGAUGAGGAAACCUCACACAACCGGUUAGGGGUAGCUUAUGGCCAUGUGCGACCCCACCUACAAUCUCCGGGUCGUGCACAGCAGCAUCGAUCAGCCAUUCCGCAGGAAUAUCGUACGGAUAGGCCAGGCUUGCCUCAACCUAUCCGGCCAGGGAGCUACCAUUUGGGGCGAGUAACUCAAAACUUGCAGCGCGAUUUCCAAGUCGACAGUACGGAACUGAAAAACCCAUCCGCUAUGGACAGCAACACUCACAGCACUGCAAGCAUGUCUGCCAGAGCUUGA